UGUCUGACAAAGACGUGUCAUGCGUAGGUUCUCAGGGCAUGGCGAGGCUAUAAAAGCUGUUAAACUUCUCAAAACGUGGCUUUAUUCGUUACGGCAUUUGAUAACGUACACAUGGUUUCCUAAUGAGCUAUAACUCGAGGUCGAAUUCAAUUAAGGAAUUGAUUGCUUGUUCAGACUGACAGUUUGUCUUUUGAGACAGUUUCCUAAGAACUGUCGGUAAUUUUGAACAUUUACGGACUCUUGAUUGUACUCUUGGAACGAAAUCUGACGAGAAAUAAUUAUGAAUGAUGUUGGCGCAUUAAGAUACGAGUCUGUUACUUCUGUUAACACCUAGUCAUCGCCUGCAAAACAGUUCCCAACCAUUGUCUUUGAAAUUGUUCCGCAGCGAAACAUACUAGGAUAUGAAGAACAGCCUAUACGUCUGAUGAUGGUCGUGAAUGUACAGCUUUGGAGGAUUUCGCACAGUUGGAUAACACUUCAUAAACAAAAUUCUGUUGAUAUCGAAACGAAAAUGAUCGCUUAAGGAUUUGGUAAAGCAAACUAUAUCGACGUCCGUAAAACUGGAAAAUACAUCAUGAAUUUCGAAAAAAUGCUCGACGUGAAACCACCGAUUUCUGAAACGGGCAGGGAUAUUUGUCAGAGUGUUUUCGGGACUGGAAACCCGAUGAGUUUGACACCAACAUCUCUAACUAACCCGUUACCGACUCUUCCCGUGGCUUCGUCUUCUAUUGCCCCAAUUACUUCACCGAUGCAGGGACCCUCAACGCCGCUACUCAAUAACACAAUGCCUAACUCUUCGCCUGGGCUAUCCCAGUUGUCAACCCCUUUACAGGGGAACCCCUUAGGAAGUCUAGUCACAACCUCAAGUGAAGGACGCCUCUCGGCAUUUACGACAAUCACACCAACUCAUAACAGCCAAUCAACAAAUAAAUUCAUGGACUCCGGCAGCUUUGGUAUUCAUUCAAGGACUCAGCUUUCAAUGGACCCGUUACGGAGUCAAGCAAAUAACCUGUCCAUGUACCCAACUCAGUCAAUGUUUGGAGGAUUGUCGGAAUUUUCGUUAACGCCUGGAUUUGGUUUAUUUCCCCGUCGUCGCCGGAAAGAGAAUCGACCACGACGACAGCGGACUACUUUUACUAGCGAACAGACCCUAAAGUUAGAGCUGGAGUACCACAGGACGGAAUAUAUAACGCGGCCCAGGAGGUUCGAGUUGGCCGAGAUGCUUAACCUGACAGAAACACAAAUAAAAAUAUGGUUCCAGAACCGUCGCGCCAAAGAUAAAAGGAUAGAGAAGGCACAAAUGGAUCAGCACAUGAGAGCACUAGGCCUUGCGAAUUCGACCACCCCCUAUCAGAUGGGAAGCAACUAUCCAGGAUUCUGCGGUGCAUGCUAUUACAAACCUCAGACCACCGUGCCCACAACGUUGUCCACUCAGUUCCCCACUCCUCAGAGCAUUGGGCACCCGUAUCAGCUCGCGUAACAAGUACGGAGGAUAGUUUCUGGCAUGAAAUCGUAUCUCUCAUCAUUGAGGAAUAAACUGUGAAGGAAGAAAACCGAGUUCGUCGUUCACCAGAAAUCGCAUGAGUAGUGCAUUCUUCUUGGAGUAAUUCUGUGUUGACAUCUGAUGCAUGCAGACUGUUCAGCUCCGAAUGUGUUCUAAUUCAAUCACCACGGUGCGAUAUUCUCUAAUCCUCCAUGUUGUUGGAUAGCGGUAUCGGACAUUGGACAAUUUGACGGAGAGCCGUGUACUUCUUUCGAACUCUCAAUACGAUGAACCACAAUCAUGGGUAGAGGUGUAGUGUGAAUUGUAGCCAAACAGUUUACAAGGAAAUUGUACUUGAUAGUGUUAUUCCUUAUGACAAAGUACCUGGUACACUACAAUUUUGAUAGAGUUUCCUCGCAUUGUUGGAUGGCGAUUUCAAAAAUUGGACAAUUUUACGGGAGUCGUAUACUUUUUCGAACUUACAGUCUGAUGAACCACUAUAUCAUGAGUGCAGAUAUCAAGUGCGUAUCUUUAAGAAAAUGGUAUUUGAUAGUGUUAUGCCUAAUGACAAAGUACUUCAUCACAAUUCUAACAGGUUUUCCUCAUGACAUUGACCGUUUUUGUGCUUUUGUUGGGUUUUCCCUUUGGGAUAUGCUUAUCUCUAUCUAAUAAGGCAACGAAUGUACAAGCUUUGUUCAGAUGUAACAAUAACCUUUGUAGUCAGCCUUUCAGUGAUCCGAAAAGACAGUUGAAGAAACUCUGUAUAUCGUGUCAUUACGUAUGCGUUAGUUCAUUCAUUCAACGGAAUACAUAUUUUGACACUUUCGCGAAACUACGAUGUGCAGUUUUGAGUAUGAUGCAUUGGAAAUGAACUUUUCGUUUCUGGCGAAUUCAAAACUUUGUAAUUGACCGUAUAUAUUUCGUGCUCCGAAUGACAAUUUUGAUGACUCCCGUAAUGUAAGGGAAUGACAAUAGUCGUCAGAAAGAAAAAAAAAGGCCAUGCUUCCGGGGUCCAAAUCUUCACUGCUACAUGUACUACUCUCGCAUGAUAGUUACAUGUAGUCGGUCACCUAGUUCUUGAAAAACAAUCGUCCUUGCUAUCGCCUCGUGGUACAAGAUUCCCUAAUAGCUCCCAGGAUCAUGGCUAUGUGCAAUAAUCAUAACACAUGUUUAUAUAUUCAAUACAUGGUUGA